GAAGAGAGAGAGGGAGGUACUAGAAGGUGGAUGGCGGUGCGUUCCAAUUUCACACACGUCUCCUUCGUCUGAAAGUAACUGUUUGCUCGCUUUUUUCUCGAACCUUCCACCGGAGAUCCUUGCCGGACGGCCAUCGGAGCUCCGUAUCAUCGGAAUCUGGCCUUGAUCGGCUGGAUUCGAUUCGAUUGGGUUCGGCAUCGACGGUGACCGUGGUAGUUGAGAGCUGAAACGGUGGCGUUUUGAAUCUGUUCGUGUUUGGGUGAAACGAAAAUGAAUGGGAUUGGGAAUGGAGGUUUUAGCAGCAUGGAGAUGGAAUACAUAAGGAGGCAUCAUAGACAGGAGCCCGGGGAGAAUCAGUGCUCCUCAGCACUCGUUAAGCAUAUCAGAGCGCCGGUUCCUCUGGUGUGGUCCUUGGUGAGGAGGUUUGAUCAGCCGCAGAAGUACAAGCCGUUCAUAAGUAGGUGUGUGGUGAGGGGAAACCUUGAGAUCGGAAGUCUUAGAGAAGUUGAUGUUAAGUCGGGGCUUCCUGCCACUACUAGUACUGAAAGAUUGGAGCUCCUUGAUGACAAUGAGCAUAUCCUUAGCAUCAGGAUUAUUGGUGGUGAUCAUAGACUUAGGAACUACUCGUCUAUCAUGUCCCUCCACCCGGAAAUUAUUGAAGGAAGGCCAGGUACCCUGGUGAUUGAAUCUUUUGUGGUGGAUGUACCUGAGGGGAACACCAAGGACGAGACCUGCUACUUUGUUGAAGCCUUGAUUAAGUGCAAUCUCAAAUCACUUGCUGAUGUCUCAGAAGGGCUUGCUGUGCAGGACCUCACCGAACCAAUUGAUCGUAUGUAUGAGCUGUUGAUAAGUGGCUGAUAACUUGGCUGCCAUGGAUGAAGUUUCGAGGGCUUUCCUAUUUCGGAGGCUUAGGAGACAGACUGGCAAAUGGCAAUGGUGCUUGUUCUAUCUGUUAUAGAGUAGAAGGGUUGUUCAUUCGAUUUGCUCUAUUAAUUAUCUUUGUUGUAUAUGCUGUUUUCUCUCUUCUGUAGUUAAAGAACAGAAAUAUUUUAGACAGGUGUCUGAAUCCAGUACAUAAAAGGCGAAGGACCAGGUGCUUCGGCGUGAUCUCUAUGUGAUGUACUUGUAUAAUACGUGCUGGUGACAGUGGGUCUGUAAAAUUGUUUCGAUUAAUCAGUUGUAAUUUCUAGUUAAAUUAAAAUUUUCACAUAUAGGGGAGAUGGAAAAAAAUUUCA